CAAUUAAAGGCCCAUUAACAGAAUAUACCUGAAACCGUUCGAAUUCAAUCACUGAUUGGAGCUUUUCGUCUUCUCCGGCGACAUUGCAUCCGCUGACCAAAAAAAAGGGUUUACAACUUUGACCGCGAAAGUUUCAAAAAUGGAAGUCAUUGAUCAAUGGGUUGCUGAAUUUAUCCUCCGUCGACAACAUAAUCCUAUGGUUGCCCCUAUUAAUCUGAUUUCGGCUCUGCAAUUGGGUGAUUCCUCUGACUGCAUAAAGCUCAAGGUAUCUUCUGUCUUGCGGGAUAUCUCCAAUUCAUUGAUCCGAGGUACGAUCGAUGAGGGAAUGCUUGACCUUCUCGAGAUGCUUGAGAAGCUUCUCUUGCAGCAACAUUCGCUACUCAUGGAGUCUCACAAGUCUGCUUAUUCCUGGACGGCUGCUGAGUGUACGCUUAGAUUUAUGUGGCCAAUGUUUUCUUCGGAUGGUUUGUUCACCGAGGUACUUGAGAGGAUAUGGACGAAGAGGACUGUGAGUUUAAAAGAGAGUGGUAGCGAUUUGGUGACUUAUGACUUGUUGAAGUGGGAGACUGAUUUCAAGAAGGCUCUUCAGGAACCUGAGCUCUAUCAGCGAAUUCGUGAGACUAAUAUCAGGUACACUGCCAUUUCCUUUCUCACUCAGCUUCUCAAAGAACAGUGGGCAUUACUUGGGAGUUCCUCUCUUGAAUCAGUAGCUCAACGAAGGUUUCUUAAGCUCAAGGCUGUGAACGUAGAGGGUGAUGUUGUUGACAACAUAGGGGAUCAAAGUGCUGUUGAUGAAAGCACAAGGCGUUUGGAGAGUGAUACUAUUGAUAUCGUCAACGAGCCGCGUGGUGAAAGGGAGGACGGUAAUGGGAUUAAUAGAGAGAACGCUAAUGAUGGUGAUGGAAUGGAAUGUCUCGAGAAUGAUGGGAUUGAUAAUGUGAAUGCAGCAGAGGAGGAGCACACAAUGAGUGCACAAGAACUGGAACAUGAGCCAAAUCUUGGAAGGGCUUGUUUAUAUCACGGGCAUGACCCUCCUGUUAUCCAUAGAGACCUCAAGUGUGAUAAUAAUAUCUUUGUUAAUGGGCAUCUUGGACAAGUUAAAAUUGGCGAUCUUGGCCUUGCGAGGAUGCUGCGGGACUGCGACUCGGCCCAUAGCGUCAUCGGCACUCCUGAGUUCAUGGCACCAGAAUUAUAUGAGGAGAACUAUAAUGAACUCAUUGACGUAUACUCCUUUGGUAUGUGCUUUUUGGAGAUGAUCACCUCUGAGUUCCCGUAUAGUGAGUGCAACAAUCCGGCACAGAUUUACAAGGAAGUUGUCGCGGGAAAGCUACUAGGAGCCUUUUACAGAGUUGGAGACAUCGAGGCACAGAGGUUCAUCGGGAAACGCCUUGUGUCUGCCUCAAAGAGAGUAUCAGCAAAAGAACACUUCUUGAACGAGAAUGAAAUGGCCACACUGAAGUUGGAAGAUGAUGAGUUAGGAAGGACCCAGACGACCAUCACUGGGAAGCUGAACGCUGAAGAUAACACAAUCUAUUUGAGAGUACAAAUCGCAGAUGAAAAUGGUAUGGCAAAUAACGUGUUCUUUCCCUUUGACAUCAUGAAUGAUACUUCCAUUGAUGUUGCAAAGGAGACGGUAAUAGAACUCGAGAUCACAGAUUGGGAACUAGUUGAGAUUGCUAGAAUGAUUGAUGGAGAGAUCUCUUCUUUGCUGUCUGGUUGGAGAAAUUCGAAUCUAAGAAGCCUCGAUUCUCAUCUGCGAUACAGAUCUCACUUCACUUCCCAUUUUCCAGGUACACUGAAGAAGACACUAAACCUAAUGGAGAACGAGGAAUCAGUAUUUGAUGCUUGGUCCUCAAGCAGCGAGGAGUUCGAACAUGAAGCUCUUGUUGAACCAACUAUACUUGCAGCUCGAAACUUGGACGCUGACAUUUCUGAGACUGAAAUCAAAAGCUUUUUCUCAAACAUUGCUGAACCUGGGGUGGACAUCUACGAAACGAGAGAUGAAAAUGACUGUGUAGUUGGUUCGGUUGCUGUCAUGACGUUUUCGUCACUUGAACAAACGCAAGCGCAAAGAUUUUCUGAGGCACUCGGAUCUAUAGGAACUGCUGAUAAACCGGAAUCAGUUGGUAUCCUUAUCAAAACUUUCAUUCCGCGAUCAACGUCAAACGGAGCUUCUCUAGGGUUUUGUUACCUAUACAUCCAAACCGAUGAUAAGAAUGAGGAUCAAUUUAAGUCUUGUUUGGAACGAGUUGAUCUAAACAUGGGGCAGAUUAGCCAUGUUAAUCUCAAACACUGGGUCAACGAAGCUUUACUUGGCAAUAAUGAGAGGAUCCUCGUUGAAAAGAUUGAAAGACGUAAAAAAUCAAUCGAAGAAAGCAUGCAACAAGACCAAGUAAAUGUACUGCUGCCGUUUUCUUGGAAGGAGAGACCUGAGUUGUUUGUUUUCUAUGAGCAAAAAGCAUUUGAAUGCUGGGCAAUAGCUCUGUACAAAGGGCACUAUGCUGCAAGGAAUAUAGCUGGUUCUUCCCAAUCUAAUCCUGACCUUGAAGCUGGUGUGGAUGCUGGUUCUUCCCAAUCUGUUCCUGACCUUGAAGUUGAGAAGAUUGAAGCUGGUGUGGAUGCUGGUUCUUCCCUAUCUGUUCCUGACCUUGAUGUUGAGAAGGUUCAAGCUGGUGUGGAUAAGGUUCAAGCUGUUGAGGAUGAGGUUAAAGCAGGUGUGAUGAAGAUUUACCAUGGUGUGGAUCCCCGACAUCUCAUGUCAGGGCUGGGCAUCAAUAGUAUGAAGAAUGCACUUCCCUUCAUGUCCAAGCAUGGGAAGGGCUUCAAGAUCCACUACCGGCCUACUAGGCAUGGCAGCGAAGAAGACUUCGAGAUUUUUGCUAACAACACGAUUCGGUUAGCCAGGAGAGUCCCGGUGUCAGUGAUGAUCCAGCUCCCUCCCAGUUUCCAGGAGUGGGAUUUUGCUACACAGGUAACACAUAUACCCUCCGUAACUGAUUUGUGCAGAAUGCCCUUCGAGAAGGUUAUGGGGCAUGGGCUGCUCAUUGCUGCUGGUGCAGUUGAGGACGGAUUGCAAGUUUUGGAGUUCCAAGAUUCAUUUGGGCUAGAGCAUGGAGCUCAAGGAUUCAUCAAGCUGGCUUUUUUCAAGUAUCUGCUUAAAGAAGGACAGAGAUGGGAAACGGAAACUCAAGGGAGGCUAAAGAAUCGAGACGGUCAAAGCUACGACAGAAGCUACAAAAGUUUCGCAUUCACCGUCGUCAUCUUCGUUGUUCUCGAAACUCAGCAGGAAUGGACAAGUGGCUCGCUUGUGUUUCUUUCGGUGAACAGACUUUUAGAACUAAAAUCUCAGAUACGUAAAGUUCCAAGGAAAAUUGAUAACAGUUCUGUUUCUGAUGAAUUUGCAGUACAGAGAAGCCAAUUUGGAACUCAGAGAAGAAGCUUUUGUUGGAGAAAAAAUGGACCAAGUCUUGCUAGGGUCUCUGUAUUUGAGACCAGUAGGCUCUCAAGGAACAAAAUCAUCGGUUAUUGUGAGCUUGAUAUAUUCGAUUUUGUAGUGCAGGAACCUGAGUCGGCGUGUAAGUCAUUUGACUUGUUAGAUCCCACAUCAUCCAAUGUUGUUGGCACCAUUUUCCUUUCUUGCGCUAUUGAGGAUCCUGUUGAAACCGAGAGGCGGUUUGCAAAGCGUAUCUUGUCCAUUGUGGACUACAAUCAAGAUGGACAACUGUCGUUUUCGGAGUUCUCUGAUCUAAUAAAGGCUUUUGGAAACUUAGUGGCUGCUAACAAGAAGGAGGAGUUGUUCAAAGCCGCUGAUCUGAAUGGGGACGGUGUUGUGACAAUUGACGAGUUGGCUGCGCUUCUUGCUCUCCAACAAGAACAGGAGCCAAUUAUAAAUAAUUGUCCGGUGUGUGGUGAGGCUCUUCAGCUCUCUGACAAGCUCAACGCGAUGAUCCAUAUGACUCUUUGUUUUGACGAAGGAACGGGUAAUCAAGUGAUGACCGGAGGGUUUUUGACUGAUAGACAAGCUUCUUAUGGUUGGAUGUUCAAACUAAGUGAAUGGACACACUUAUCAACUUAUGACGUGGGUUUGAAUACUGGUUCAAGUGCUUCAUAUAUUGUGGUGAUUGACCGGAAGAGUAAGAGACUUGUGGAAGAGUUGAUUGACUCAAAGAUUGUUCUGUCCAUGAGAGCUAUUUAUCAGUCCAAAAUUGGAUUCCGACUUAUGGAUCAAGGGGCAAAGGAGAUUCUACAGAGACUUUCUGAGAAGCAGGGGAAGAAAAUGAGCUCAUUUGGAGUUGAGAUUUUUUGUCUGUUGCUGGAUCAAAUAAACAUGGCUGAAGUCAAGUAUUCUCUGCAGCAUUUUAAGACGUUCAAUGAGUUCUUCAUCCGGGAGUUGAAACCUGGUGCAAGACCAAUUGCUUGCAUGAAACGUGAUGAUGUUGCCGUAUGUGCUGCUGAUUGUCGUGUAAUGGCAUUUCAGUCGGUGGAGGAUAGUACACGUUUCUGGAUCAAGGACUCGAUCCGGAUUGAUGAGGAUCUCUUGGUUAACAGUGGUAGGUCCUUAGAGACAUUAGUGAGAGUUGGAAUGCAAUUAGGAGAUUUGGCUCAGCAACAACAGAUCUUGAGACGUAUCAAUGAUUUGUCACCGGUUUUGAUGACUCAAAGAAGCAAUGGGCAAUAAAACAACAGGUGUACAAGGCUGCUACAUAGUUUGAGCCAUUGGGAUUGGUGAAUAAUCCAUGUCUUGUCUCUGAAACUGUUGUUGUGAGCCAAAUCUCAUUGCUUCUUGAGUCAUUAAAAUCUGAAGAGUUAU